CACGCCGCACCGUCAUGUCAUAACGACGCGUUACUUUCUAAAUCGUGACAAAAUACGAACACCAAUCAAGUUCAGAAUAUUAUCUUAAAAUCCUGUGCGUGUUAAUAAUCAUGUAUGUAUUAGCUUUGGCUGUAAUUGGGGCGAUCGCUGUAGCAGUUUUUGUUAUAGAAUCUCUAUGGAGUCUCUUCGAAUUGAUCAGUUCAUAUCUGAUGCCAUAUUUUAUACCCACCGAAGUGUUACCCUUGUCGAAGAAAUUUGGAUCUUGGGCCGCAAUUACAGGCAGCACUGACGGUAUUGGUAAACAGUACGCGCUGGAGCUUGCGCAGAGAGGUAUCAAUGUUGUCCUCAUCAGCAGAAACGUUGAAAAGUUGAAGAAAGUCGCAGAUGAGAUCGAAAAAUUACACAGUGUCAAAACGAAGACUAUCGUGGCGGAUUUCAGUAAGGGGACCGAAAUAUACCCCCACAUCGAGGAGCAACUAAAGGACAUCCCUUUGGGAAUUUUAGUGAACAACGUUGGCGUUCAAUACGAAUACCCGAUGCCAUUAUGUGAACUUCCAGCAGCCAAGGCUUGGGAGAUCAUUAAUGUGAACGUGGUCGCUGUGACCUCAAUGACACGCAUGGUACUGCCGGGUAUGGUGGCGAGAGGCCAAGGAGCUAUUGUCAACGUAUCCUCUGGUUCAGAGCUACAACCUCUUCCUCUGAUGUCAGUGUACGCAGCCACUAAGGUUUACGUUCGAAACUUCACAUUUGCUAUACGAGAUGAGUACAGUUCAAAGGGUAUCCAUAUUCAGCACCUCUCGCCUCUCUUCGUGUCCACCAAGAUGAACAACUUCUCCCAGAAAUUGUUGGAUGGCAACAUGUUGGUGCCCGACGCAACCACCUACACUCGCCACGCAAUCACAACACUGGGCAGAGUGCAGAACACCACAGGAUACUGGUUGCAUGGAAUUCAGUACUUUUUCAUAAAAUUGGCGCCUGAGUGGAUUAGGAUAAAAAUCGGUGCUCAAAUUAACCGGGAAUUUCGAGAAGAACACAUGCAGCAUCUCAGAACUAAGAUAUAAUCAAUUGUAGAUAAUUUAGUACCAAUUUUUAUUAUUUUUUCGUGUUAUUUAAUGGUAAAACAUAAUUAAAAUCAUAAUGGAGUCGUAAUUAGUGCCCGGUAAACAUUUAUUUUAUCGAAUACUCAUAAUUAUUAUUGUAUUCAUUUCAAACGACUCUUGUUUUCCAAGAAGUAAUCUCAGACCAAAGAAUCUUUGUUCUGAGGGAAUAAUAUAUGUGUAAGUGAAGUUGUUCGUUGACGGCAUUUAAUUUAAAGUAUUGUAUUUAUUGUUGUUUUGGUGCUUCAAGACAGUUUCACUAUGAAAAUCAUAUGGAAAUGCACAAAAUUAACUCGUCGUAGUCGUCAAAAUGCGGGGACCAUGAUAGCCAUAUAAGACAUAGUUAAGAUUUUAUAUUAAAACGCUAGAAAUAUAUUGUGAUAUUCUUAUUAGGGAGCGAAUUAAAAUUAAAUGUUUUAAGAAUG